AUUUUCACAUUUGAAAGGACAAUCCUUUUCUUUUCUUUUUUUUAUCGUUGAUUAUUGAGACAGCUUAAUUCCUUUUAGGAAUCUUUUCCAAACUACGUGGCUUUUUAUUAUACAUAAAUAAACGGUAUAAAUCGUGUAAAUCGCACAUAUCGAAUUAGGCUUUUGAUUUUAGUAUUUAAAAUUUUGGUCCGGUGCAUGAUGCGUACGGAUAGACCUGGUGCGGGCAAAAAAUAACUCUCUCACCAGUGUGGCAGUGUACUUCAGUGUCGGGGACUAGAUGGUUCGAUGCGUCCUCGCCCUUCCAGCGCUUUCUCGAACCGCCACGUGUCGACUGGUCGUCUCUUCUCUUCUCUAGACUCUUCAACGGCUCCUUUAAAAUCCCCCAAACCCCUUCACGCCCUACAGCAGCGACAAUUUCGAAGGAUAAAAUAUAAUAUCGGGAAAAAAAAAAAGAAAAAAAACCAUGCACUCGCUCCGCGCUCUCCGCCUCCUCCGCACGCGCCAACUCCUCCCUAACAACCUCGCACGUGCCACCGCCGCCACCUCCGCUUCCCCUUCCCCCAAGCAAGGGGUACCCCAAAACGUACCCGACAACGUCCCCCCUCCCACCACCGUGGAAGAGGAGGAGAGGGAUCGGGCCCCACCCCCAUUCGCGCCCUCGCCCAAGCUCGAGUCCCGCGAGGUGGGCCCCGCCGAUACGCGGGCCCCAUCGCUCCAGCAAAAGCGCCGCCUCUCCACCGCCGCGGCGGCGGCGGCGGCGGCGCGAGCGCUGGAGGCGGCGUCGUGCGUCGGCGUCGAUGGCGCGGCGCCGCUGAGCGCGGCGGGAGCGGAGGCGGCGGCGGCGGCGCCGCCCCCGGCGAAGGAGGAGGAGGGGGAGGAGGGAGAUGACAACGAGGCGUAUUAUAGGGAGCACAAGCCGUCGCCGCUGUCGCAGGUGGAGAUGGUGGACACGAGGAAGCCGAUAAACAGGGGAGUGGUGGUGGUGGUGGGCAUGGAAGGAGGGGAGGGGAGAGGGGUGAUGGUGGAGGAGACGGUCGACGACGCGCUGGCGCGGGCCGAGGCCAUGUUCAGGGAGGCCGCCGCCCGGGGCGAUCCCGACUUGCCCCACUCGCGCGCGCUCGCGCGGCUGCUCCGGCAGCGGAAGGAGCGUUUCCGAGGCGGCUCAUAUUAUAUAUGAGCGCCGCACGAUGAAAAAGGUUUCAAUCUUAGUUGUCCAUCGAGCAUGGUUUGUGUACAGCAGAGUAAAGUGGCUCUGUCUCACCAGUUCUGUAAUGUACAGGCAAGUAAAGAAAUAAGGAGCUGUUUGACUCGCUUUGCAGUA